AUGGCACUGCGCACCGGGAGGACUUGGUUUGGGCAGGUCUUGCGCAGGGUCUCUCGGCUGCAGGGCUCCUGGUCCCGGCGGUCCAGCAGCCUCUUGUGCCUCUCCGCCAACCAGGAGCAGGACCCGGGGCUCCGGGGUCGUCGCGAGGCGGGGGGGGACUUCCACCGGUGCUCGGACUCCGGCGGCCGCGGUCCCCGGAGCGCGCCUCUCCGCGCCUCCUCCUUCCCCCGCGCCUGCUGCGCCUUCCCGGGGAACCCGAGGGGACAUGAGCCCCUCGGUCGCCGGUUCCUGUUGGCCAUGAAGCGGCAAAACGUGCGGACCCUAUCCCUGAUCAUCUGCACGUUCACCUACCUGCUCGUGGGGGCCGCCGUCUUCGACGCCCUGGAGUCCGACUUCGAGAUGCGCGAGAAGGAGCAGCUGGAGGCGGAGGAGAAGCGGCUCCAGGGGAAAUACAACAUCAGCGAGGAGGAUUACCGCAAGCUGGAGAGCAUCAUCAUGGAGGCUGAGCCCCACCGGGCCGGGGUCCAGUGGAAAUUCGCCGGCUCGUUUUACUUUGCCAUCACGGUUAUAACCACCAUAGCACGCAGCACCAGAGCUGCUGGUGCUGAACGGACAGCUCCUCCGGGGUCAGCCUCUGACCGCCCCACGGUCCGGCCGCGAGCCUGA